AUGUUCUGGGGCGGAGACGGCAACAUCUGUACCAUUUCGAAAGCCCUUUGUCAGUCCGGGCCCAGUCUUUGCAUAUGGAAUCAUCGAGAGCUGCACGACACUUGUGCAACCUUGCCUUUCGGCAUGGCCCCGGUGGGGUCCGAAAUGCAGCUGAGAUGCGGCCACGACCACUUUCGUCGCCGGGGGCGCCCAGUAGCGCCAAGUCCAGCAAAGAAGCAGGAGGAGGAUCCACAGAAAAAUGAUUUCCCUGAGCAGUCGCUAUUCGACAUGGCCGGCAACCAUGACCGGCGAGCCGUUGGGUUCAAGGCCAACAGGUGGACGGACUCCGAACCAAGCGGCAUGCCUUUAUUGACUACCAAGUGUUGCGAGAAUGCGUGGGCUUCGCUGGACCACUUGUACUGCGCGUCAACUCGAUAUGCAGCACUAUUGCCAGAUGAGCAGAAGGAGAAGAAGAAGAAGAAGGGAAAGGAUGCCACGGAUGAACAAGAAGCUUCCUGGAGCCUCGAGCAAGAUUAG